UAGAAACAAGAACACGUGUGCGGGGUUACGCAAGUGGAACGGAGCGUUCGGAAACAUGGCGAAUACGCCGAGAGUGUUUAAUAUUGUGGUCAUCGGUGUGGGGAUUGCCGGGAGGGUGAGGAUCCGAGAUCUGAAGGAGGUUGAGGCUGCAGGAAAAGGUCUCGCACUUACUGGAUUUGUUUCAAGGCGCACUCUUGAUAUUGACGGUGUACGACAACUGACCCUAGACGAAGCGCUGCAGUCCCCGGAUGUAGAUGGCGUGGCGGUGUGCACAGAGCCCGGAUCACACGAGGACACCGUGCAAAAGGCGCUGAAUCACAAUAAACACGUGCUGGUGGAAUACCCAGUCGCUGCCAGUCCACAGACGGCCAGACAGCUGUACUCUCUAGCUGCAGAAAAGGGGCUGGUGCUCCAUGAAGAAAACAUCGCUCUUCUAACAGAGGCCCACUCAAGACUGAAAGAGAAGGUUGCCACAUCCACAUCGAGGCUCAAAUCAGGGGAGAUAAUGCUGAGAGGCAACUACAACGGCUGGAUAGAAGACUUCAGCAGGUCUGGCCUUCCUUUCACGACCAAUGUAGCCGUUAUACAGACUGUUAUAGCAGUGUUUGGGAAGGUCACAGCGACCCACGCCGACAUGCAGACCACGGAGAAGGGGUUUGUUGCCACUGGAGACGUGCAGACUGAAGCAGGCUCAGUGAUACGGCUGAUGUCGGAGAGAUACAAGGAAAAGGUGCCCAGGGUAAAAACUCUCAGAUUUGAGUUUGAAGAUGGCAGUGUGUUUGAUACGGAGGGGGACAAACCACCCCAGUCAACUCCAGGGCCUGGCGAAACCCCAAAGACAGCACCAGGGCAAGGGAAUCAGAAAAAGAAAGGUUUAUUCAUGCAAGAUCUGGUAUUAUUCUUAGAGAAGCUUCAAGGUCAAAGGCCAAAGUCAGAAGGAUCUGAAUUAUCUGUGGAUGCUCUGGAGGUGGCUGUUGGACUCAACUCCCUCAUCGCUGCUAAAACGUGAAGACAUCACAGAGAAAGAUUUAGGCGCAGUAUCAAACGGAACAGAAGCCGCAUCAAGCGCACUUACAUUUACACGCCCUGUCAAGUGAUAUUUCAAUAAUCAUGUACUGUCUUGCCAGUUUAGUUCUCUUUUAAUAGUAAGGUAUAAUUGUUUCUUUGUUUGGGUUUGGUUUAGUAGUUUCUUCUUCGCCGUCAUAUAACUGAAAAUAUUGUUCAAAGCAGGUGUUAGACCAAACUCACUCCUUUCCUAACGUAAAACUGUAAUUGAGUAUCGUUAGCCUGACGGCUUAAUGUGGGAGGUAAGGCCCACGUGACACAGGUUUACCCCUUUGGUUUUGUUUUGUUUGUUUGUUUGUUGGUUUUGUUUUGUUUGUUUGUUUGUUAACGCCCACUCAGCAAUAUUCCAGCUAUAUGACGGCGGUCUGUAAAUAUUCGAGACAGACAAUUUAGUG